AUGAAGACGAGAGGCACCUGGGAUCCAAUUGUGGGUCAGCGACGGCAGAUUGUGGGAGUUCAAGACCAUGACUACGCCGGAGACACCUGCCGCAGCCGUCUGUACAUCACCGCUCUCGGCCUCUACGAGGUCUACAUCAACGGGCAGCGGGUCGGAGACGAGUACAUGGCCCCUGGCUGGACGAGCUACAAGCACCGCCUGGCAUACCAGGUGCACGACGUGGCGGCACUCCUGGACAAGUCUGGUCCGAACGUACUCGCCAUCGAGGCUGCCGAGGGAUGGUAUGCAGGCCGGUUGGGCUUCAAUGGCGGCAAGCGGUUUCGUUGGGGAGACAAGAUCGGCGUGGCCGCACAGCUCGAGGUCACUGGUUCGUCUUCAUCACAAAGAUGGACUUUGAGUACGGAUGAGACGUGGAAGUGCGGACUCAGCCCGAUCCAGACCAGCGAGAUCUAUGACGGCGAGGUCUACGAUGCGAGAUUGGAAGAUGAGAGCUGGGGCAAGGUGACCAAGCAGGACAGCAAAAGGACAACGAUAGCCGGCGCCGUUGUGAUUCUGCCACGUCCAACAGCCACACUGUUCUCGCCCGACAUGGCCCCUGUGCGGGUCACGAACGUGAAGCCUUGUGUAAGCGUCUUUGAGAGCAGCAGCGGCAAGACCAUCCUCGACUUUGGCCAGAACCUGGUGGGCGUGGUUCGGAUCAAGUCCGCCGACGGAGCGCAAGUUGAGCUGUGGCACGCGGAAGUCAUGGAACAUGGCGAGCUGGGCACCCGACCGCUGAAGCUGGCCAAGGCACGAUGUCUCAUCACCGGCUCGGGAAAGAACAUCGACUCGUGGCGAGCACGAUUUACAUUCUUCGGCUUCCGGUAUGUGCAAGUGGACGGCUGGUCCUCUGGGACACCAUCGCCAGACGACUUCGAGGCGCUCGUGCUGCACACCGAGAUGAAACGGCGAGGAUUCUUUGAGUGCUCCAACCAAAGUGUCAACCAGCUACACCGCUACGUGGUCUGGUCGAUGCGCGGCAACUUCCAGUCCAUACCUACGGACUGUCCUCAGCCCGACGAACGACUGGGCUGGACGGGAGACGCGCAGCUCGCCGACGAGCAGAAGGGUAUCCCACCCGUAACCGUCCCCUUCGGCCUGGGCGACAACUUCCCCAACAUGCCCCAGGCCAUUUGGGCUGACGUGGCAGUGCUGAUGCCUCGCGAUCUGCAUCGUGCCAGCGGCGACGAGGUCAUCCUCGAGCGGCAGUUCCGCAGCAUGCAGACGUGGAUCGAGCAGGGCGUCGACAGGGGCCCGAACGGACUCUGGAGCCCGGACUCGUGGCAGUUUGCCGACUGGCUCGACCCGAAUGCGCCCGCCGAGGACCCGGCCAACGGCAGGACAGACCCCCUUCUCGUGUGCAAUGCCUAUCUCGUGCACACGACAAGAGUCUUCUCCCAGAUCUGCCGACAACUCGCCAAGACAGAGCUGGCUGACAAGCACGAGGCCGAUGCGGACCGCCUCCUGGGGCUGUUCCAGCGCCACUAUAUGACAGCGGAUGGCCACCUCAUGUCAUCUACGCAGACAGCAAUCGCCCUGUGCAUCACCUUUGAGCUGUAUCCCCGUAUCAAAUUCAACCGCGCGACCGCCGUCCACGCUCUCGAGCGGCUGGUACGGACUGCUAAUUACCACAUCUCGACAGGCUUCGCCGGCACACCCGUCAUCACAAAGGCCCCUACCGCCGCCGGCAAGCCACAGCUCGCGUACCGCAUGCUGCUCGAGAAGGGCUGCCCGAGCUGGCUGUACGCGGUGACUAUGGGUGCGACGACCAUCUGGGAGUGCUGGAACAGCAUGAUGCCCGACGGCUCUAUCAACCCGGGCCACAUGAUGAGCUUCAACCACUACGCUCUUGGUGCCGUCGCCGACUGGCUGCACUCGACCGUCGGCGGCAUCAGCCCUGCCGCACCGGGCUGGCGGACCAUACGCGUCCGGCCGGUGCCAGGAGGCAACAUCACGAGCGCCAACGUGCGGUUUAACGGGCCCUACAAUCCUGUCGCGUGCGAAUGGAAGUUGAAGAACGGGACAGAGUUCUCGAUGAAGCUCACGGUCCCGCCGAAUUGUGCUGCAGAGGUCACGCUGCCGUGCGACUUCCGCGCCUCCUUCUUCGAAGGUAUCGAGGACGGAGAUGGUGAGGCGGAGAAGGUGCAGACUGUGAGAUCUGGCAUCCACACCUUCAAUUGCAGAUGUAUUGCAGGAGAGUGGCCGCCAAAGCGCUUCGGGCCUCCUUUCCUGCCGCACCCACCUAUUCAUAUCGCGGAAUGA